GCAGUCGUGAAAAGGUAUCUAUCACCUGAAUACUUACUCGGAUUUGUUGAAAAAUCUAGAAUUCUUAAUUAUUUAGAUAACUACAUGAGUUACAGAAAAUGAACGCAACAGCCUUCUUCGUCGUGACGCUGUUAUUCGAAUUACAAAGUGUAAUUUCAUCAAAUGAUCAAAGUACAAAUUACAUUACUGAAAGAACUACAAAACCUACAAGUGAAUAUAAUCCUUUAGAGCAUUUAAUAAUCAACCAUAAUGAAGAUAAACAAGUUGAUACACCCAUUGUGAAAAAUAAAGUAAUUGAACAAAUUACAAAUUCUCCAAGACGUGUACAACCAUCGACGGAAAGCAACAUAGAAAAGAUUCCGCCAAAUAAUGCGAAAAAUCCUUUGACUGACUUCACAUCAGAUGGCAAAGGAAGCGGAAGAGAUAGUUCCUCAAAAGCAUCAGCCAGAGUAAAGCGACAGUAUUAUCCUUAUCCAGUAUAUCGAAGACCAUACUAUCCUAUCCCAAUUAUUAUAGGAGGAGGCGGUUUUCCUGUGCGAGGAUUCGGUGGAAGAGAGUUUGGAGGUAGAGGAUAUGGAAGUAGAGGAUAUGGAGGUAGAGGAUAUGGAGGUAGAGGGUUUGGGAAUGGAGGGUUUGAAGGAAGAGGUUUUGGUGGGAGAGGUAUUGGCGGGAGAGGUAUUGGCGGGAGAGGUAUUGGUGGGAGAGGAAUAGGCGGAUUCGGGGGACGAGGAGGUGUUGGUGGCGGGCGCGGCGGCGGCAGAGGGUAA